AUGGAUGGUCUGGAUGAGUUAUGCGGUGCUCUAGGUAUUCGUGAUGAACAACUCGAGCCGGCACUAGGUAUGGACGGAAUUGACGAAACUGUCGCAAUGAUUGAGGCGGAGAGGUUCCUGGAGAGGGCUGUUCCAAAGGACUUCAUGCCCUCUAUCCCCUUCUCGGCAAGUCAAAUUCGCGCCGGUGCCUCGAACGAAAAUUCUGAAAGCAUCGCAAUCGCUGCACGGGAGGCCGCAGAACGAGCGAAAAAUCUCGUCACAGAGGCAGUUCGUGUAUGGCAAAAUGCAACCGGGGAUACUGAUGCAGCUAUUCUGAAGUUGCGAGCGCUUGGCAAGGAAUUUGUGGUGGAAAGGACAAGGGCGAGGAGUUACAAUUUGGCGAAACUACAGGCUCCCGGAAAAAUUCAGAUCACUCAAGAGCAGCAGCAACCGUCAAACGCUUACGCCGGUGAUGUGACCGGUGCCGUUGCGAAUAUGUAA